UCUCUCCAGCAAGCUAAGCUCCGUAGAGCGAUGGGGCGGUCGCCGUGCUGCGACGGGGAGGCCGGCGUGAAGAAGGGGCCGUGGACAACCGAGGAAGACAAGCUGCUGGUCAACUACAUCCAGGAGAAAGGCCACGGCAGCUGGCGCCGCCUGCCCAAGCUCGCCGGCCUCAACCGCUGCGGCAAGAGCUGCCGCCUCCGCUGGACCAACUACCUCCGCCCGGACAUCAAGCGGGGACGCUUCACCGAUGACGAGGAGAAGCUCAUCAUCCACCUCCACUCCCUCCUCGGCAACAAGUGGUCGUCGAUCGCCACGGAGUUGCCGGGGAGGACGGACAACGAGAUCAAGAACUACUGGAACACGCACCUGCGCAAGAAGCUGCUCUGCAUGGGCAUCGACCCCGUCACGCACCGCCCGCGCACCGACCUCAGCCUGCUCGCCGGGCUCCCGGGUCUCCUCGCGGCAGCCGGUAACUUCGGCGACUCCGGCACGGCCACAACCGCCUGGAACAUGAACGCGCUCAAGCUCCAGGUCGACGCCGCCAAGUUCCAGCUGCUGCAGGGCCUGGUGCGCGCACUCACCACCGCGGCGGCUCCCGCGCCCGCGCCCGGCAUGGGCAACCUCAUGGCGCUCCUCGCCCUCAGCAACGGCGGGCAGCACGGCGGAGUCGACCAGAACAUGCUGCUCCAGCAGUGCCAGUGGAACGACAUGAACAACCUGCCGGCGCUGACCAGCUCAGCGCCGACGACCGACAUGUUCGACGGCUUCAGCGCCGGCGACGGGCUGAGCUCAACGGAGCAUGGGGGCCACGGCGGGGCGACCGGGAGCAACGUGACCGUUGAUCCAAUGGUGGCCGACGACCAGGAGAGCAAGAAAAAUGGCGGCGGCGGCAUGUCGUGCGAGCAGACGCCGGCGUCGAGCCCUUUCGACGGGCUAGAGAGCCUGAACCUGAUGGACAACCUCAACACGGACGGUGGUUGGAAGGAUUUGCUAGAGCAAGUGUCAUGGCUGAACUCAAGUGAGCUGUGAUGGGUGGAUAGAACAUAUAUGAUCAAGAAUGCCAAACAUAAACCAGUAAUGAGAUUGAGAAUACUAAUUGUUUGAUUGGAUGCACAUUUUAGCCAUGUACAAAAAAAGAACGGAAGAACAUAUACACAUGUACACACUCACUGCAAUUAAUGUUCUUUUAUGUUUAAUUAGUUAAUUGGUGUUUCUUUUUUA